AUGAAAGUGCAAUUUGCGGUAGAGCGGUCGCUGCGGUCGCUGCGGUCUGACCGCUGUGUCCACCUUGCAUCACUCUAUUACAUCAUGAAGCAAUUUUAUUACAGCACAAUUUUAAAUUUACAGACGGAAAUCGCCAAGAGACUUAACGCAAUAAUAGCUCAGAUCCUUCCGUUCCUGUCUCAAGAGCACCAGCAGCAAGUCGCGUCGGCGGUGGAGAGGGCAAAACAGGUCACCAUGACGGAACUCAACGCUAUCAUUGGGCAACAACGGCCAGACCUUCCUCGGUUGCUUCAACAAAUGCACGCGGCGCAUCUUCCAGCGCAUGGUGCUCCACCACUGCCGCUGCUUGGCCAGGGUGCAUUACCCCCGGCAGGUCUACUCGGCCUGGGCGUCCCACAUCAUCCCCUUUCUGUACUAGCGAAACCACCUGAAAUUCACCGACCUGAUGAUAAGGGAAACGGUAUCAGUUCAGCGGAAGAGAGACAUAGAAAUUCCAUAUCACCGGGCGAGCGGGAAAAGUAUAGGACACGAAGUCCCGCGGAACCAGACCAUAAGAAGCUUAAAAAAGAAGAAAAAGAUAUGGGUCAUGAAUUAGUAGUAGACGACGCGAGCGAAGAGCCCACGUCACCCCACAAUGGUGCUCCAUCACCGAGAGAAAAUGGACUCGACAAAUUGCAGCCUAAGAAGGAACAUCCGCCUCACAGUCCUAGAUCGGGCACUUCGAGCAACGCGUCGACGCCGUCCGCGAAGAAGUUGGACGAGAAGCCGAGCACGCCGAUAUCGAAGCCGGUGACGCCGACGUCUGGCGCGGGCGGAGUGGGUGGCGCGGGGGGUGCGGGCGCACCGCUGAAGGGCGCGGUAAAGCCGCCCGCGCUGCAGUACCCGUACCUGGGCAACGGUGCGCACGACGCGUACGGGCUCGCCGGCUACUCGGCGCGCGCCGCACUCGCCUACGAGCCGCUGCGUGCGCCCAUCGGGCCCACCGCGCUCGCGCCCAUACCCGGCGGCAAACCCGCGUACUCGUUCCACGUGUCGGCGGAGGGACAGAUGCAGCCGGUGCCGUUCCCGCCGGACGCGCUGAUGGGGCCGGGCAUCCCGCGCCACGCGCGCCAGGUGUCCGCGCUGGCGCACGGCGAGGUGGUGUGCGCCGUCACCGUCUCCUCGCCCACCAAGUACGUCUACACGGGCGGCAAGGGCUGCGUCAAGGUGUGGGACAUCAGCCAGCCCGCCAAGGCGCCCGUCAGCCAGCUCGAUUGCCUGCAAAGAGAUAACUACAUCAGAUCAGUGAAGCUGCUUCCGGACGGUCGCACGCUAAUAGUCGGAGGGGAAGCGUCCAACCUAUCGAUUUGGGACUUAGCGUCUCCAACGCCGAGGAUCAAAGCAGAGCUUACUUCUUCGGCGCCCGCUUGCUAUGCACUAGCCAUCAGCCCCGAUUCAAAGGUGUGCUUCAGUUGUUGUUCAGACGGCAACAUAGCAGUGUGGGAUCUACACAACCAGACGCUGGUGCGCCAGUUCCAGGGACACACGGACGGUGCCUCCUGCAUCGAUAUAUCCGCGGAUGGAACAAAACUCUGGACGGGCGGGCUCGACAACACCGUCAGGUCAUGGGACUUAAGAGAAGGCAGACAGUUGCAGCAGCAUGACUUCAGCUCACAGAUAUUCUCGCUAGGCUACUGUCCCACAGGCGAGUGGCUCGCGGUGGGCAUGGAGAACAGCAACGUGGAAGUGCUGCACGCGGUGAAGCCGGACAAGUACCAGCUGCAUCUUCACGAGUCGUGCGUGCUGUCGCUGCGGUUCGCCUCCUGCGGCAAGUGGUUCGUCUCCACUGGCAAGGACAACCUGCUGAACGCGUGGCGUACGCCUUACGGCGCCAGCAUCUUCCAGUCAAAGGAAUCAUCAUCGGUGCUCAGUUGCGACAUCUCAUCGGACGACAAGUACAUAGUGACGGGCUCCGGCGACAAGAAGGCCACAGUGUACGAAGUGAUCUACUAG